AUGGCGAUCACCAUCCUCACUGGCAUUGAGGACACGCUCGCCCUCAUCCUCGAGUGCGGCAAUGACAUCGCGCGCAUCGAGGCAAAGCUGCUUCCGGCACUCCGAAAGCUUUGCUCCAGCACAUCCACCGACGCCGAGACGUCACGCAAUGCGCCCAGCAGUAGCCGCAAUCAGCAGGCCGCAGCCUCGGAGCAUGUUCUGUGCGCACCGAUCCAGGGCGAUGUAGACCCACUCUCGGCGCUCGACCCGGCCGUUCACUCGCUCGGCAUGCUCUACAUCCUCGCCGCCCGCGCCACACACGACUCGGCUUCGCCAGAAAGAGCGACCAUCCUGCUGCCGCACAUCUCUGCCUUUGUGCAGCGCUUCGAUCCGCAACAGGUCCGUCUUGCGGGAGACAGGGUCGUGCAGCUCGUGGAAACUUUCUCAAAGAUGGGCGAUAGCAUCACCAAUCCCGAAUCAGCGCUCCAGCUGCUGCAGGCCCUUGCGACCAGGUUCUGGACUCGCUCAGAAAGCCUCACGGCAUUGCAUCCCAUCUUGGCAUACCAAUAUCUCAAGACUUCGCGCUACGCAGAAGCAGCCACCAUGCUGUUGGAUCUGCCGCUCAUCGAUGCCGAUACCUCCGUCACGCCACUCACCCACUCUGACGUCCUCCAGUACUUCUACUACUCUGCGCUCAUCUACAUUAAGCUCGAGCGCCUCCUCGACGCCAUCGACGCUCUCGAAACCUGCGUAUCGAGUCCGGCAGUGGCCGUGAGCGCGAUCCACAUGGACGCGUACAAGAAGCUCGUUCUCGUGCAGCUCUUGGCGGACGGCAAGACCUCGCCCGUGCCCAAGUACACACCGCAGCCCGUCACACGCACCUACCGUACGCUCGCCCAGCCCUACCUCGCAUUCACCGCGGCGUACGAGCGACACGAUGCCAAGGCUGCGCUCGACCUUCAGCAGAUCGUCGAGGAGAAGAAGGAGGCAUUCGAUAAGGACCGCAACCUUGGAUUGGUGAGGCGGUGUCUAGCCUUGCACCGACAGCGCCGCAUCCAGCGCCUCGCGGACGUCUAUAGCGCGCUAUCGCUCGGCGACAUCGCCGUCAUGCUCGAGCUAGGAGACGCAGAUGCGGUGCAGACUGUCCACGCCGAUGUGGUCGAUAUCGUGCGUAAGGGAUGGGUCCACGCCGACCUUGUCCCACCGUCCAGCGCCGCUUCUGUAGGCAGCCAGGUGGGCGCCGAUUGGGUGGUGCGCUUCGACGCUUUUGGCGGCAACGCCUACACGUCGGCUGCAUCCAUCGCUCUGCUGGAAAGCAAGCUGCAGACGGCCAAGCAGUGGCACGGACUUCUGCAGAAGCGAGACAGACAGCUUGAGAAGAGUCACACCUAUCUCACCAGAGGGCUCCAAAUUCGUGAGGCUAGGGCAGCCGGCGGUGACGCCUACUCCGGUGCGGACGAGUUCGAUGACACCGACUACUGA